AUGCAAGACGGGAUCGCGAACUCGAAUGCGGACAAGCUAGACAGGCUCACGACGAUGAAUAUGGAGAAGCUGGUUGUGUUCAAGGCCAGUUCGAGUACGGACAGGCUGAUCGGAUUCACGGCAGAAUCGAGUACGAACAUGCAGGCUGAGUCCCCGGUGGACUCGACUAAUAGACAUGCUGGACGCGUUCACGCCAAACUCGAGUACUAG